UGGUACACUGAAAAAUACCAUGGCGUUAAAGCUGUUGCCGGAGGACUUGAGUGAUGUCCCCGCCCAUUUAGCAGACCGGUACGAGGUCCAGGCCGGGCGCUAUUGGGACCUCUUCUACCGCCGUAACACCACAAAGUUCUUCAAGGACAGGCACUACCUGCACAAGGAGUUCCCGGAUCUGGUUGCGGGCCCAGCUACGCUGCUGGAGGUUGGCUGUGGCGUGGGCAACACGGUCUUCCCCUUGCACGAGCUCAACCCCCAGCUUCGGAUAUACUGCUGCGACUUUGCGCCGUCUGCAAUCGAGCUUGUACGACAAAACCCGUUGUACGGCGCUAGCGGAGGCGCCGUAAACGCCUUUGUCGCGGACAUCACGUCAGACAACCUGUCGGCACCUGUGUCAGAAGGCGGCUGCGGCGUGCCGGCGGGAGGGUGCGAUAUGGCCACCAUGAUAUUCGUGUUGUCAGCGAUCAACCCGCAACGAAUGGCGGCGGCUGUUCACAACGUGGCCGCCUGCCUGCGACCAGGCAGCGGGCGGCUGCUGUUCAGGGACUAUGCGGAGGGCGAUCUGGCGCAGGAGCGGCUGGCGGGAGGUGACCGGCCCAAACGACUGGGGCACAACUUUUACGUGCGGGGAGAUGGCACACGAUGCUACUACUUCGAACAGGCGGAGGUGCUGUCGCUGUUCGCGGCUGCGGGGUUCCGCUGCGACUCCCUCACGCUGCACGAACGCACUGUGGUCAACCACAAGCGCGACAUUGCCAUGGACCGGAGGUGGCUGCAGGCGAUUUUCACGUUACAGCAGCCGCUGCCGCCGCCCCUGCCGCUGCCGCUGCUGCUGGCGCAACCGCCGCCGCUGCAGACUCCUCAUCAGCCGCACGCCUCGACGCCACAGGCUCCCAGCAACCCCCACCACCAACAGCAGCAGCAGCCGCCUUCAGAGGAGGGGCAGCACCAGCAGCAGCAGCCGGCUUGGGCAGCUGCAGGAGCUGAGCCGGGAGGAGGCGGCGGCGUGGGUUGCGGGACGCUGGGCGGAGGCGGGAGUUGGCUUACGGGAGCGGCGGGACGUCUGGUGUCGCAUCUGUCGGCGGGGCCCGGCCACCCCACCGCCAGCGUCCGCGCCCUGUUGCCCGACUCCCUGGACGCUGCGGACGACCUGAGGGCCGAGCUCUCCCCCUCGCCCCGCUGUGCGGACAGGCAGCACCUGCACCCGCAGCACCCGCGCCACAGCCCCUUCACGGAGGACCAUCAACAGCAGGGGGAGCAUGGGGAGCAGCAGCAUCCACAGCAGCAAGCAGGGGCAGCAGGGGCUGCUUCCGGCUUGCACAGCUACAUGCAGGUGGAUGGAUGUGGCGGCAGCAGCUGCAACAACAACAGCGAUGGUGGUGGUGGUGGUGGUGGUG